GGCUUCGUUUCGAUCAGUGUGGUAUAUCGGCUGGAUUGAUCUCGAUCUAUUUGUCUGGCAUUUAUACGGCAUUCCAAUGUUUCGAGAAUUGGCGAACGAACUAUAUCACAGUUGCGCUGGGUCUUUUCGCAUUCGUUCUGUACAUACCAUCAAGAAGUGGCAUAAUGGAUUCGAAACUGUUCGGUACUCGAGUUGGAUACCUUCACUUGACCUAUAUGUGCGUUGCGCUUUUUGGAAUGCUGCCGACUGUGCACUGGUUCUCACUGCACGGUGGAUUCGAGAAUCCUCAUGUUGUGUCAUGGUUACCGAAUAUUUUCAUACUGUAUACACUGAUUGGAUUCGCGUUUAUUUUCUAUGUGACAAUGAUUCCGGAACGGCUAGUGCCAGGAAAAUUCGACGUUCUCGGUUGCAGUCAUCAGUGGUGGCAUCUGUUCAUACUGAUCGCGAUGAUAUUCUGGCAAUCGCGAGGCAUUCAGUUUCUGAGUGUUGUGCGAUCGAUGCCCAAAUUUUGCUCCGAUGUUGCGACGGUUCGGAAUUUGACAUCGUCGACGACAUUUAAUUUAACGACACCGCAACAUGAGUUCAGUGUUUAUUGA